AUGGACCGCCUCGCACGGUACGCGGCGUCCGACCCCGCGGUGGUGGAGCAGCUGCUGGGCAGCCACGCGUUUGAGAAGUUCGUGGAGUCCAUCAGCAAGGUGGCGGAGCUGCACGGUGACAUCCCCGCGGCGUCACUCGUAGAGAUGUAUGUGGCCCUCAUGAGGUUCACAGAGCAGGUCCACCCAGAGCGGCUGGACAAUGUCAACAGGGUGCUGGGUGCAGCCCACACGGCGCUGGCCGCCAAGGGCGGCGUGUCGGGCGAGCCCAAGGCGGAGAAGGCCCUGGUGGCGCUGCUGCUGGCGCCGCUUGGCAAGUGCGCCCCCGUGGCCGUCCUUGGGCUGAGCAACUUCCCGCCGCUGAUGGGCCUGCUGCCCCCACGCACACACAAGGACGUCGCAAUCAAGGUCGUCCAGACGCUGCUCAGCCACGGCGUGCGCGUGGGCAGCCUGGAGUCGGUGCAGCAGCUGUUCAGGUUCAUAGCGCCCCUGGUGGAGGAGGGGCCCGCAGAGGACGAGCCCGACGACGAGGACAUGGAGGACGAGCAGCUGCUCGUCUCGCGGCUGCUGCACCAGCUCGCGUCCGACGACCCCCAGAAGCACUUUGCCAUUCUGGCGGCGGUACGCACCCACCUGGAGCGCGGCGGGCCGCGGCGCAUGCGGCACACGUUCCCGGCGCUCGCCUUCUGCGCGCUGGAGGUCGUGCGGCGCCUCAUCGCCGCCGGCGGCCCCAUCACCACGCCAGACAAGCCCGCCGACGCCGACGCCGACGCCGACGCCAGCGCCGCCGCCGACGCGGGCGCCGCUGCCGCCGAUGGCGCGGACGCCGCCGCCGCUGCGGGAGGCGCCAGCGCGGAGGGUGCGCUGCAGUGGCUGCUGGGCGUCGCGCUGGCGCUGUCCGAGGUGCCCGCGCCGCUGCAGGCGCUGCGGCUGAUGCUGGUGGCGGGGCACGUGUGCAGCGAGGAGGCCGGGCUGGAGCUGCUGACAUACGAAUUCUUCGAGCAGGCUUUCACUCUGUACGAGGACGCCAUUGCGGACUCGAGGGCCAAGGUCACGGCGCUGCAGGCCAUCGUUGGCACCCUCCACCGCUGCCACAGCAUCACCCCAGACAACCGCGACGCCCUCAGCCAGGCCGUCGCCGCCUACGCCGCCAAGCUCCUGAAGCGCGCCGACCAGUGCCGCGCCGCCUGCGGCACGAGCCACCUCUGGUGGCAGGACGGCCCCGCCCCCGGCGCGCAGCCGAAGCCCGCGCCCGCCGCCGCCGCCGCGCAGCCGCCGGUGCGGGACGCGGCGAAGGUGAUGGCGGGCCUGAAGCGCGCCCUCAAGGCGGUCGGCGCCGCAAAGCAGCAGCGCGCGGCGAGCGGGCUCGCGGCGGCGCGGGCGGCGGGCGGCGGGUCUGGGGGCGGCGCGGGCGGCAAGGCCGCGGCGGCGGCGGCGGUGCACCUCGGGCUCUACGUCACAAUUGCCAACCACUACCUGUACUAUUUCGAGAAGGGCGUGAGCGAGAUGAGCGCGGGCGUCGUGUCGCAGCUGCUGGAGCUCGUCAGCAGCGAGCUGGCCGCAAAUGCAGACGCCGUUGAGCCGGACGUCGCCGCCUUCUGGGAGGCCACAAAGCGCCACAUCGCGCACCAAAAGGCGCUCGAGGCCGGCGGCGGCGGUGGUGCCGCCAAGUACGCAGCGCUGAACGUGUGA